AUGCUCGCAACCCCUCGACGGGUCGUUCGUGUGGAGGAAGGGCCAGUUAACCCAAAGGAGAGGCGCGCUUGGGUCGACCAAGACUAUGAGAGCUAUUUCGACUAUGCUUUCGAAAAGUUCUAUCAAGAGAUGCUAGUCGAUAUUUCACUUCCACUGGCGAAGCUACACCCUGACCUCGCCGCCUUUUCGCACAACUGGCGACACAGAAUUCCAUGGGAAUCAUAUAACCGUCAACACAAACAGACAUGCUUAGAGGCGUACGGUUUCACCUCCAAUCGACCUGCCUACGAACCUUGGAAGCCGUCAGAGGAAACACCGCGCAUUCCCACGGACUUGCUCGUCGACUAUCCUGAACUCGCGUUCGAAUUAACGCGCAAGUCUGCUUUAUACAGCGACGCCGAGAUACCUGCGUUCUUGCAUGUAUGCUCAGAAUCACGACAAGUACUGGUCAAGUGGGGUUACCGGCUCUUCUUCGCAACUCGAACAACAGGCCCAAGAACUUGGUUUCACCCUGGCCGCGAUCGUCUCUACAUCCCUCAUACAAUAGAAACCUUUCCGAGAACAUAUGACAGCGAUUACGGAUCUGGUCUUCCGGGGGAAGCUCGCACGCCAUAUCCAUGUCCUGAGCCUGGUUUGACACUCUCAGGUUGUCACUGGGAUAUAGGGCAGUACCGCGUGGAUGACUUGAAGCAAGUCGAGAACGUUAUCCUCGAAAGCCCCUCCACAGGUAAGGAUCAGGACAAAUUGGUCGCGGAGCUCCAGUCUCUUCUUCCACUGCUUUCGGGUCUCAACGAGCUGUUUCUCGAGGACUGGGGACUAGAAGAAUUUUGGGAUUGGUUCGCUCCAUUCCCUGGUUCUCACGCUAUGAAAGUCAAGAUCCCAGCCAGCGCCGUGGCCUGCAUUCCUGUUGAGGAUAUCGAUGCUAUAGGAUAUGCUUUCUGGGAACGCUCUCGAUCAGACGACGACAACAGGCUCGGUCCAUUAUGCUAUACCGGGUAUCGUAACAGCGACUUCAACCAGUAUCUGGAAAACCCAUCUCGAUCUCAGCCGUACCAUGAGGCACACGCCGAAUCAGUGAGGGCUCGGCUUCAUGAAUGGAGGUCCGAACUUACAUCCCAGGCUCAGGAACCGCGAAUCCCGACAAUUUGCCACGUCAAUAUCUGCCCCGAAUCUUUUUCAGAGGCCUACAUGGCCAACCGACACAGGCUUUGGAAAGCCAUCACGUCUCUCCAUGAUAUGCAAGUUCAGGAUCUGGACUUUCGACAAAAGUUCUCAAUGCAGAUGAGCGAUUGUCCGAGACCUUUCAGGAUCAGCUGGCGGCAACUAGACUGGGACCACGACUGGCCAGACACAGUUGAGGUUGCACGGCUAACAAAUGCGAAUGGGAUCGAUUGGUACAUGGAAGGCACGCUUCAGGCUUGGUAUUUGAGGCGGUUUCCUAUUCCGGAGCCGCAGUUUAUUGAACUGUAG